AAAUAAAUAGUGGCCAUUUUGUAGGUCUGUAAUCUACUUUGAAGCCUGGAGUCUCACCUAGUUCUGCUUGCUUUUAAAGCCCAAAGUUCCUAUAACCUUUUUCUGAAAUGCCCAUGAUAUGUUUGUCAGACUUUGAAGCUUAUGCUAAGAAGCACCUGUCCAAGACCACUUGGGACUUCUUUGCAGCUGGAGCUGAUGAGUGUUGCACCCGAGAUGAGAACCUCCUGGCAUAUAAAAGAAUCCGCUUCCGGCCACGCAUGUUGCGAGAUAUGUCUGUGAUGGACACUAGGACUACGCUUCUAGGUACUGAAAUCAGCUUCCCUGUAGGGAUUGCCCCCACCGGGUUCCACCGGCUGGCUUGGCCUGAUGGAGAGAAGAGCACAGCAAGAGCUGCUGAAGCCAUGAACACCUGUUACAUCACCAGCACAUUCUCCACCUGCACUGUGGAGGAGAUUGCUGCAGCCGCACCCAAUGGCUUCCGAUGGUUCCAGCUGUACAUUCAUCGCAACAGGACACUCUCAGAGGGGCUGGUCCGACGUGUAGAGGCUGCGGGUUUUCAAGGCCUGGUGCUCACUGCCGAUCUUCCCUACACUGGGAAGAGACGAGACGACAUCCGCAACAACUUCCAGCUCCCACCACACAUGACAGUGAAGAACUUUGAAGGAGUCUUUGAGGAAGAGAGUUGUUCUGAGUAUGGCCUCCCGCCUAACUCCAUAGACCCUUCUAUAAACUGGAAUGACAUCUAUUGGCUGCAGAGCCUGACUCGCUUGCCUAUCAUUGUCAAGGGAAUUUUGACUAAGGAAGAUGCAGAUCUGGCAGUGAGACAUGGAGUUCAGGGGAUUAUUGUAUCCAACCAUGGUGGAAGGCAGUUGGAUGGAGGACCUGCCACUAUUGAUGCUUUGAUUGAAAUUGUAGACACAGUGCAAGAUAGAGUUGAAGUUUAUCUAGAUGGUGGAAUACGAACAGGAAGUGAUGUAUUAAAGGCACUGGCACUCGGAGCAAAAUGUGUCUUCCUCGGAAGGCCAGCUUUAUGGGGUCUGACCUACAAGGGUGAAGAAGGGCUUCGAGAAGUUUUGCAGAUUUUACAUGAUGAAUUUCGUUUGUCAAUGGCCCUGGCUGGCUGUCACAAUGUCUCAGGAAUCGGCCGAAACCUGGUUCAGUUCUCCAAGCUGUAAAUGGAGUGCCCACUAACCAGACAAAUGGAAGCAGCUCCUGAUAACUAUCAAAGCCUUGAGUGUCCUGAGUAACAGACUCCCAGCCGUGUAACUCUUCCACUGUCCCCCGACAAGCACCCUAGUUCCCCUUAAGCUGUUGAAUCCCCCCCCCCCCAUAAAAACAAGUGAAACUAUCAGGAUGUGUAAGUAACAUCACUGCAUGUCCUUAUCAUCACAACCCUCACCCUCCCCACACACACACCCUCCCCCUCCCCAGACCCCUCUACUUUAAGGCUAAGCUUAGACACAGCAGGGGUCAGGCCUUAUUUCUAUAUAGAGCACCAUGCAUGCCUAUGGCCCUGUAUAAAUAUUUGUUUGGUCACCCUGUGGUCUCCUUAUUGGCAGAUCAGUGCAGUCAUAUGGGGUCCCUGAAUAAUGAUACUGGCAUAAGCUCAGUUUAAUAACAGGUAUUUAUUUUUGGAAUAGGAUACAGAACAUCCUGCUGCUGGUACAAAUAGUUUCCAUCUCUCCCUGAGGCAGAAAACACACUUCUAUUUCCUCUCAGAGUUACUUUUCGAGACAGGGGUCUUUCCAUCCUGUCUGGGAGGAGCCACCGCCUUUGGGGGCUGCCUGUGGCUGUGCCAUGCACACAGACCCAGCCAGCACAGUGCCUCUGUUAAAUAACUAAUAAUAAUGAGCUAUCUUUCUACCACUCUUCCCAUGUUCUUUUUCUCUAUCUCCUGUUCCUCCCUUCCCACAAUUGUCUUCUUACCUUCCAUCCCACCUCAUCCAGAGUAUAGCCCUCUGCUAUUUUCCCCAUGUAUCAUCCCUCUUCCCCCUUUCUCCUAUCCCCCACUUUGGGACUGUCCGUAAAUUACAUAAUGCAUUAAUGGAUGGGAGGGUGGGUCUUUAAUUUUGUAUGUUUGUUUCAGUGUUACAAAUGGUGGGUGGGUCUUGAAAAAUCAAUAAAAAAUGUGUUAUGUAAUUUAGGGACAGCCCUUUCUCUCACUCCAUGUCUUCUGUCUCCCCUCUGCCCAGAAUGUUGUUUCUUUAUUUCCUUUUGCCUUCCCCUAUAUCCAGGGCCGGCUCUGGCUUUUUUGCCACCCCAAGCAAAA